AUGGCGGCGCCACCAGGACUACCCGGCCGUGCGGCUCCGCGAGAGGAGCCGAGCGGCUCCGGGAACUCGUCGCUCACUCGGACCCCAGUGGUCACCGCGUCCCCUGAGUUCCUGGUUGUCUCUCUGGGGCAGGCCGCCGAGCCGCCGGGCAAGAGCCUGUGGGAGCAGAUCUGCGAGGAGUAUGACGCUGAGCAGCCUCCCUUUCCAGAAGGAUAUAAAGUCAAAGAAGAAGAUGUGAUUACUGUUUCACCAUUGGAGGAAAUGCUUUCCCAUGGCCUCAAUGUAGAACAGUAUUUUCCAGUUCCCCAAUUCCCCAUGGUCUCACAGAAACCCUGUUCUGAAGAUAAACCAGAAACAACUGAUCCAAAAACAUGUCCCCCCAAAGAAUAUUUGGAAACUUUCAUUUUUCCAGUUCUGCUUCCCGGAAUGGCCAGCCUACUUCACCAGGCAAAGAAAGAAAAAUGUUUUGAGAGGAAAAGAACCAAAUUCGUUGCCUGUGAUUUUCUGACCGAGUGGUUAUACAACCAAAAUCCAAAGAGGAUAGGGGAGGAGUUCACAGAAUUCUUCUUCAUUCCGUUCGUGAAGGAGUACCUAGAGAAACACCCGAGGCCACCAAUCCCACUCUCUCUCCUGCUGACAGAAAGAGAAGCUGCUCUCCUCAUUCAAUCCUUCUGGAGAGCCUAUCUGAUUCGCUGUAAUCCUGAGAUUCAAGAAUUGCGUCAGUGGCAGAAGAAACUGCGUGAAGACAAGCACAUUCGCCAGCGAGUCAGAAUGUUCUGGGCCAACCAAGAACACAAAAUGAAAUGCACGAUGGAGGACAAUGAUGCGGUGCCUACAGCCAAGAUUCCAUCACCUUAACCACAGCUGGUAUCUUUUCCUGUCAGAGCACAGCUUUCCCUGUGCAAGGAAAACAUCUAAAUUUCGUUAACAACAAGACUUAGUACAGGUGAAAAUAGAAUC